AUGAACACGUUGUUUGUGACAAACUUGGUUGGAUAUUCAUCAAAGUCGCGGCUUGUGCUGAAGCAAAGGGUGCGAGCACCCCUACCGAGCCGCUCGACGAUGCGCGUUCACCGAGCUGUUGGCUGCACGCGCGCCGCCGUUUUGCUGAAGCAGCAGCAGCAGCAGCAGCGCGUUGCUGGUGCGACACGUGCCCCGGAGGCGCAGUCAGGUUCGCCAGUUGCGUCAGCGGUGUCGCUCGCGGCGGCUAUGUGGGCACUUCCUUCGAUGGGAUACGCCGCAGAGGAGAGCGGUAUGACCGUGCAGUUCGGUGCGUACUUGGCGGUGUUCCUGGGCACUCUGAUCCCUGUUGCGUUCCUGAUUAUCUUGUACAUCCAGUCGGAAACUCGCAAAGCCGCCAUGGAAGCCGUGUCGGGUAGCGGCAGCGAGGAGGAGGAGGAGCUCGAGUUUGAGUGA